AUGACUACAUUCAAACAACUUUUCGCGAUCGCUUUGCUUCUAGCAAUCUGUCUCUUCGUUUUAUCUGACGCAAUUCCAAUGCCCGCUCCAGUCGAUGAUCUCGCUCCAGUCGAUGAUCCUGAUACUAUUGUUGUCAAAAUUAAAAAAUUAGAUUGUAGAGGUAAUGGUGCUAAUAGUAUUUGUAGAGACGUUUGCGGUUAUAGCGCGCUCGCGACAACGGAAAAGAAAAGGAAGAUAAGAUACGAGAUUGAAGAGCUUGAAU